AUGGCUGAAGAGCUGUACGCUUCUGCCCUUGUGGCAGGCCACCAAGCUCUUGCAUUCCUCAAGGAAACGCCCAUUUAUCCCUCCGUUGUUGCUGCUGCGCUGGGCACGCACGCAAUUACCCAGCUUUACGAACCACAACCUCAUGAGGUCUUGAUCCUCAGUCUCCUUACCAAUGCAGGCCUGUUCAAAUACCUCGAAUCAACGACAGGCGGCCAAGAUGCCUCCGUUUCUCUGCUUUCCUUAAUUUUCAAGAUCAACCUUCUCUAUACUGCUACGCUUUUCCUCUCCGUCGCCAUCUACCGUCGCUUCUUCCACCGAGCUCGCCACUUCCCCGGUCCCCUGUUUGCGUCUCUCACCAAGUUCUGGGCCUUCUUUACUCUAUACAGUGGUAACUACCAUCGGACCACUCGUGCGUUGCACCAGAAAUACGGCGAUUUCGUUCGUGUGGGCCCGCGGGAGAUCGAUAUCUGCAAUGUGCACGCCAUUCAGGCCCUCUACAGCACCUCUACGAAGUGCACCAAAGGACCCUUCUAUGAGGGGAGCGUGAUGGGCAGCCACGAGCGUUUCCUCCAGAAUGAGACUCCGUCGGAGCAUCUGUGGAAGAGACGGAUUUGGGAGGCUGGAUUCAACACCAAGGCGCUUCGUGGCUACGAGCCCCGUGUGAUGCAUUUUGUGGAUGAGCUCAUCAGGGAAGUAACCGAGCGAAGUAAGGAGGGUGUGGUGGAUCUCGGCCUCUACCUGUCAUUCUUUACGUUUGACAUCAUGGGAGACCUCGGGUUUGGAAAGAGUUUCGAGAUGCUCAAACACGGGAAAGAGCACGACUAUAUGACGAUUGUCCAAGGGUUCGCGGUUUUCGGCGGCAUGAUAAGUACGAUCCCUUGGAUCGCGACGACCUUCGCCUAUAUCCCGAGGAAUAAGGCAGCGGAGGGCCUCUUCACGUUUGCUAAAGAGAGAGUCAAGGAGAGAUUGCCGCUCGGGCAGACUGUGAAGGACGUGUUCAGCUAUCUUCUGGUUGAAGAUCGCGUUACCAAGAAGAAGUAUUCGGAGCCGGAGCUUGUCGUGGAGUCCCUAAUGCUUUCGAUUGGAGGCUCUGAUACUACAUCUAGUAGUUUGGCAACCAUAAUCUACAUGUUAAUCGCCAACCCGGACAAGUUCGCAAAGCUGAAGGCUGAAAUCGACCCAUAUCAUGGUCCACUGAACCAUCAAACCCUGUCACAGUUUGCCUACUUGAACGCAAUAGUCAGGGAGGCUCUGCGAAUUCUACCACCUAUUGGAAGCGGCUUAUUACAUCGCACCACUCCACCAGAGGGCAUCACUAUCGACGGCACCUACAUCCCAGGUAAUAUGAACGUAGGAAUCGGAGCUUAUGAGCUCCAACGGGAUCCACGCUACUACGGAAAACCCGACGAGUUCAUCCCCGAAAGAUGGCUGGGCGAAGGCCCUGAGCCCUUCGAUCGCAACGCCUUCAUGACGUUUUCCCAUGGUCCGUACUCGUGCGUCGGAAAGCACUUGGCCUACAUGGAGCUUUGCGACGUCACUGCGGCGUUGGUAAGAGCUUUCGACAUGAAGUUCGCUCCGGAUUAUGAUCCAUCGACGUACGCGGACGCGAUCAAGGAUAGUGUGAUCUCGUCGAGGGUGAAGUUGCCGCUGCUGAUUACUCCGAGGAAUGGAUGA